UGUGUGAAGUGAUUGUACUAUUCACUUGGAUCUGUAUAUAAUCUUUGAUUCAAGCUCAAGACACUAAAAUUUCACCCCAAACGAGAAAAGUGGUCUCAGAGUCACAUGACCAAAUAUGAUUACCUAAUCUUAACCGCUAUAGCCAAAUAAAGAAUGUGAAAAUGUGGAGACAAUAGAAAAUUGAAUGAAAAGAUCAAGGUCAAAAUGUGCUAAACGUUUGAACCAACCAGUAAGACCGGUGCCCAAUGUUAGCUUCCGAUGAGGUUGAUGAUUUAGUUCAAAGUGUCGGUAUUCUCAAUGAUUUCAGACUUUUUGAAGACGAGGAGAGAUUGUUUUGGACUUACGCUCAGGCUGUUGAAGUGAUUGACACUACAAGCCUAAAACCCAGAAAUGAACUGACCAGUAAGCUGUUACUUUUGGAUGAACAUCAAUUUAGAGAAGAAGUGCACAUGACCAAACAUCAAUUCUUCUCCAUCUACUAUUUAUUUUCCAAAAGUGGUCUGCUCAGAGAUGGUUCUCGAUAUGGUAUAAAAGACAAGCUUCUCAUGGCAAUCUAUAUUACAGCCAACUCUUUCUCAUACGAUGAUUGUUUAAUUGCAUUUGGUCUGAGUAAUAAAGGAGAGCUGUCUAGAAUGUUCACUCAAGUGUUGGAUGCUUUUUGCGCAAUUCAACAUUUCAUCAUCAACAAAGAUAUUGUCAAUAUAAAUGUGAAUAGAGCUGAAAACCCUCUUUAUCAGAACAAAAGUCAAGAAUUUAAAGAAGCUUACAAAAUAUUUGUUGAUGUGUUUGGCUAUGAUGGCUCCAUUGGUGCAACGAGCUUCAGUAUAUCUGGUUAUGGUCUAACAGAAGACUUGAAAAAUGGAGAUUACUACUCGUAUGAAAUGGGAGGAUUAGGGAUAAGUACUAUGGCAAUCAUAAAUACCAGAGGCUUAGUUGAUUACCUUGGUGAGCAAUACCCAGCAGCUAAACCAGGUUAUGAAACCUAUAAGAUGGAUAUUUGGUCUUCUAAUCUUGAUAGAGUUUUAGCUUAUAAUCAUGAAAGCAAGAAUUUUGACGAUUCCAAAAUCUUGAUGAAGUUUGGGGAUAAUGAAUAUUAUUGUGACCAGUUUCUAGUUGUUCCCUAUGAAGGUAAUAACAUUAGGUGUGAUUUACUGGAUUUUGGAUUCAAAAAGGUUAGUGACUAUGAUUAUUCGGAACCUGAUUCUCAAAGUGUCAUGUCAUUACAGCCUCGAGAUAGAUAUGAAUUGUUCAACUUGAAUCAUUCCCAAGUGAGAGUUAGCAUUGACCAAUUAUUUGGAGCCGUUAAAAAUCGUUUUCGAAUUUUAAAUAACAUUAUUGAAUUUCCAACUAAGAAAAUUCCACAAUUAACAAAAUUUUGCUUUAUUUUACACAAUUUGUUAACAUUCAAUGACCUUCAAUUAUUUACAGCAGUAAGAAAUAUUAUUAAGAAUAUCAAGGUCACGGAUUUUGAAAGUGGUCGUGAUCUUGAUUCAGCUGAGGAUCCUACGAGCUCUACUCAGACAAGAGCUAAUGAAUAUUUCAGUAACCUGGUAACUGAAGAGACCAAAUGUGAAUCAAGAGUACAGAGAUUGAGGGUCUCUUUAAUGUUGGAAAGAAACUACAUAAAGUCCUUCCCGUUGAGAUUAAAGAUGUUCAAUUUCAAAUCAUAUGACAUUGUUUAUGAUGGACCGGUCGUCCCAAACUUUAGCAACGAUGAAGGAAUAUCUAUCCAAGGGAGAAAUCAUCAACUAUUGUUUGAGCAAGUUUUGAUUUCGGUUGAUAAUGGUGUUUAUAAACUACAAAGAGAAAAGUUGGAAGUGUUGAAAAGAGAUAUAGCUCAGUUCACCGACGAAGAAUUGACUCAACAAGUUCAGACAAUCUUCAAUGGCACACAGUGAUGAGUCUGGCUACGGAAUAGAAUAAAUAACGGUUUUUGAUAUGUAUAUACUGAUAUAUGGAGUUAUGAUUUGAUGCAACAUUGCAAAGUCUUCGAAUGUAAUUGUUCUAUCAGUAGUUCGCGAAAGUGUACAGUAGGGAAAAUGUCACGUGACUGAUAAACUUAUGUAUAUUGUUUAAGCUGUGGAAAUUAGCAUUAUAGAGCUAUAAAUGGAUUAAAUGGAUCAAUAGAUGGUUAUAG